GUAUCGCAAGUUCAAAGGACCACACUUGCUCAAUUGCUGACUAGCGAUAACAGACGUGUCUCCCAUGUUGUAUAACAUGGCAGAAACACCUUUGACAAAUGGCAGUGGCUCGCCACGCACGCCCAGACUGAGCUCUCUUGCGAUGACUGAAUACUCCGCAUAUCCUUCCCCGCCUAAUGAGAGGCAAGGCCUGCCUCCGGACUGGGAAAUCCCAGAGGCUUUCCUACUUCCAAAUGGAUAUCCAGACUACUUGCGGUUGAUUCUUACCUCCCGCGUCUACGAUGUUGUCAAAGAAACACCCCUAACUCACGCUGUAAACAUGAGCAACCGUUUGGAGUGCAAAGUAUUUUUGAAAAGAGAGGAUCUACUUCCCGUCUUUAGUUUUAAGCUUCGAGGCGCCUACAACAAGAUGGCCCAUUUGAGCCCGGAGAGAAUGUGGAAGGGUGUUAUCGCAUGUUCUGCAGGAAACCAUGCGCAGGGUGUUGCGUACUCUGCACGAACAUUGAAAAUCCCCGCUACCAUCGUGAUGCCGUCAGGUACCCCUGCCAUCAAGCACCGAAACGUCGCAAGAUUAGGUGGGACAGUUGUACUGCAUGGUCGUGAUUUCGAUGCAGCAAAGCAGGAGGCUGCCAGACUUUCCAAACUACACGAUCUUACGAACAUCCCCCCCUUUGAUGACCCGUAUGUAAUUGCUGGGCAAGGCACCUGCGGCAUGGAGCUACUGCGACAAUCCAAUAUACAAAAUCUCGAAGCUGUGUUUUGCUGCGUAGGUGGAGGGGGCUUAAUCGCUGGUAUCGGAGUUUACAUCAAGCGAAUUGCACCACAUGUCAAACUCAUUGGGGUAGAAACGCACGAUGCGAACGCAAUGGCAGAGUCUCUCGCGAAAGGUGAGAGGGUUACUUUGAAUGAAGUCGGAUUAUUUGCAGACGGCGCGGCCGUGCGAGCGGUUGGCGAAGAAACCUUUCGGUUAUGCAGAGAGGUGGUCGAUGAUAUCAUUCAGGUUUCGACCGAUGAGGCAUGCGCAGCCAUCAAGGACAUCUUUGAAGACACGAGGUCAGUGGUGGAGCCGGCUGGCGCUCUCUCACUUGCCGGUCUGAAGAAAUAUGUCGCGAUGAAUCCAUCGCCGAAUCCGAACCGAGAGCUUGUGGCCGUGACAUCUGGAGCGAAUAUGAACUUCGACAGAUUACGGUUUGUAGCUGAACGUGCUACGUUGGGUGAGCGGAAGGAGGCGCUGCUGAGUGUCGCCAUUCCCGAGCGCCCAGGCUCAUUCGCGAAGCUGCUCGAGAUCGUGACUCCGCAUGAUGUCACGGAGUUCAGCUAUCGCUGCUCUGGCAGUGAAUAUGCUGUGGUGCUCAUGGGCAUAUCAUUAGCCACUUCGACCGGGACUGAGGAUUUGAGCGUUAUAGUAAACCAGUUACUAAAGAAUGGGAUGAGAGCGUAUGAUCUAAGUGACGAUGAGCUCGCAAAGACACAUAUCCGGUAUCUUGCUGGUGGACGGAAUAACGUCGAGGAUGAAAGACUCUUCAUGUUUGAAUUCCCCGAACGCCCCGGGGCCUUGGCGAAAUUCCUCACAACUCUCAGACCCCAUCAAAAUAUCUCAUUAUUCCACUAUCGCAAUUAUGGAAGUGAUGUGGCCAAGGUCCUUGCUGGGAUUCAGUGCCCAGUCACAGAGAAGGCUGAGCUCGAGGGUUUCUUGCACGAUUUAGGAUACCCAGUCACUGAGUGCACAGAUUCGCCCGUUUACGAGAUGUUUCUACGAGAGUGAUGGAUCAUUUGUAGGUGUUUCGUCUGUCUUUGAUAGCCAUUCUUAAUUCUUUUUGCAGUUUUAGUUCUUGACCUGCAGCUCCCGGAUUUCUCUUUGUUAUUCUUUGCUUGCAACGCUUUUUUCUGUAUGCUGGCGUUUUGCUCUAUUUACAUACCAAAAGGGUGUAAAGGCGUUCGAAGAUUUGCGACUUGUGGAAUUCCGAUGCCUUACGUAUUCAGCGUCAUCUUACCGAGGCAUUGUAGAUAAAUAGAGUCAAUGGUACAUGUACAUACGGGGAAUUAACUAAACCUUUUAAAGAUUUCUCUUCCUGUU